GGCGAUGUCGCUUCGUGCACUAUGGUAACCAUAACAACUCGUGUUUCAAAGAAGACCGAAGCUCAGGCUGUUUUUGAAGGGAAAUUCCAAAUGCAAGGAAGACAAACGCUUAUUUGAUGCCUGUCGCAGGAUGUCUGUGCCAUAGAGUGUAGUCGAGAAAGACACACGACACCAUCGAUUGCAGCAAUGACGGAGAACUUUAAACAGUUAACCAAGAGAUUGCAGGAGACUGUUUGCACUAGUCGUCAGGAUUCCUCACUUCUAGUUAGAGAAAAUGAUGGAGAUGAGUUGCAAGCUGUACCUGCUGUAACAAAGAUUUGCAACAUUCUCAGUUUUCAUCUAGCUAUUCCCAUAGAUAGGAAGAAGAAAAGCCAUUCAGAGGAGUGUGUCUUUUCUCCCAUUGAGGACUGUAUAGAAAGAAGAAAUACUAUCAACCUUGGCAAUUUUUCAUUACCCUGUCCCUUGCCAACCUCAAGUGAAGCUGAUAACCUGUCAUCCUCCGUUCGAGCUUCAGCUAUGUCUUCCGCCGCCGAUCAACCCGAAAGCGGAGCAGAAGAUGAGAGUCAGGAUGAGGGACAGGAAACAUCACUACGUCAAGAUGCCUACGUGAAGCAGUAUCUAGCUGAGCACGAGAGCCAAGUCGGUUUAUGGGAGCAAAUGACUUCGUUCCGUCGGGAAUACAUGGAUAUGCGCAACCAGGUGGAAAGCAUCUUGACUCGCUUGCACAUGGAUUUUUCCAACAUGACACGCGACGCUUCGUGUAAUUUUGUUUUACUACUUUCUCAAAUGGGAUGCCCUUCGUGUUCGACUGGGGCUGGACUUGAGGCGUGUUCCGAACGGCUCAAAAAUCUGGAAAAUGAACUUGAGAGAGCGCGCAGCGAAAGCUCUUCCUUGUCAAACAGAGUGGAAUCAGCAUUGGAAAUUAAAAACCAAGUUGAAGACAAACUGAAUGACCGAGAAAAUGUUAUACAGUCGUUGACGGAGACAAUCGAUCAGCUGCAAAGCCACUGCCAUCAGCUAGAAGAAAAUUCAAGCGACGGGCCUCAGUGGGAGGAGCUGAUUGUCAAGCUAGAGGGUGCUCUUCGAUCGAUUGGUCGCCUGGUUGUCGACGACUCGGAUCUGUACAGUCCUGACUACGAGGUCCAACUAGAUAGUGAAGAAGCUACUUCAACUAAUUGGACAAACCUGCCUCUUUUGGCAGAGAGUACUCUAACUGCGGUGCGUGCUGCGCUGUCGCGACGUCGAAGUGAAGUCCAGCAGUUACAAAGUGCAGUUAACGAGUUUCAACAAAAGAUGGCACAGACGGACCAAGGUAAAGGCGACUUCGAGAAUCGUGAAAAAGCUUAUCAGAAAGAGUUAAAAGACUUGCGAGCCCAACUAUCAGAGCUGAACCACGAAAAACAAUUACAAAGCGAGAGCGCACUAAAAGCCGAACGGCUAAAGAAAGAUAUUGAAUUGGAACUAGAAGAAAAGGACAAAACCCUACGCAAGCUAAGAGAUGAACUUCACCGAGAAAAAACAAAUCGCCAGCUUAUGGAAGAGACGCUCGAAGAUUUGAAGGCAGAAGAAGCUCACCAGAAAAGCACUCACACGGAGUUGCUGACUGAAAUUCAGCAGUUAUCGUGCGACAACCAAAUGUGUCGUACCAACAUUACAACGUUCGAAGAACGCUUAAAUCGCCUUCGCAAGGAGAUGGACCAAAUGCGUGAAGAGCGAACUCGAUUGACUGUAGCGCUUGACUUUUCAAAAGAUGAGAGAAAUCUUCUUAUCAAACAAUUGAAAGAAUUUGAAGAAAAAGCAGGAAGCUUGAAAGACCAAUCAAGAAGUAUUCAGAUGGAUAAAAUGUCAGUGGAAGAUUCACUUUGCCGUUUGCAGGUUCUCAAAUCUCUCGACGAAGCCCAGAUACAAAAGUUGAAUGCGGAUAUUGAACAAAUAAGGAAAGAAAGCUCCGAUUUUUUAAGAGAACGAGAGGAAUUAAAUGAAGAAGUGUCAGCCCUGAAACAUGAAUUGGUCAAAGCCGAAGAAUUGCGGACGCGGCUCGAAUCAUUCAACACCUCUUUGGAACAUUCACUGAACGUUGCAAACAUCGAUAACGUGGAAACGAAAGAGCAAAUAGAUACUCUGAUACAGAUAAAUGAGCAACUGACAGAAAAACAGACGUCCAUGGAACAACGCUAUGCCGAAAUUGAAACUGGCAAUAAUCAUUUAAUGGAAGAAAUUGGGAAGCUAACGCGAGAGUUUACUUUAUCGAAGGAACGGGAACAAUCGUGGAAAGAGGAAGUCGAUCGACUUCGCUUAAAAAUUAGCAGUCUGGAAGAAGAAACCCGUUCUGUCCAUCAGCAGCUACUAGGAGCUCAGAAUGUCAACCACUUGACUCAAGUAUCGCUAAUAGCAACUCAAACUAAUUACGAAGAGCUUCAAAUCGAACUCGAACGCGUCACGAAAGAAAUGCAGACGAUCGGAGCUGAGAAAGAAAGUUUGUUAUUGGAGUUGCAACAAUUAAACGAGUCAACCAAUCUUGCCGUGACCCAACUUCAGGAAGAGAAUAAAAAUCUUUCUCGGGACAUAAAUGACUUGGACAAACAGUUGCAUGAUGUUGCAAACGAAAAGACUGUUCUAAUGCAUGGUGUGGAGAAAGAAAGGCAAGAGAAAAAAGCUACACUACAAAACAAGCUUGCGGAAGUGCAACAAGAACACAAGCGUCAUAUCGAAUUAGUACAAUCCCAGCAUAGCAAAACAGUUCAAGAAAUGCAAAAGGACAUGGCUCAGCAGCUAGCAAAACUUCAAGAGCAACUGAACAAGCGUGAGAGUGAAAAACAGCAACAACUAACCCAAGCUCAGAGUGAAAGAAAAAGCCUCCAGGAAAAGCUGAGCGCUUGCGCAGCAGAGUUAGAAGCUGAACGAAAAGAACUGGCACGUGUACGCCGUGAAGAGGCCGAGCUUCAGGCCCAACAUAACCAGUCUAUGGACAACUUCCGUGCGGAGAUUUCACGCCUGCAUGGAGAGCUCCGCGCGGCAGGGGAAAGCCGUACAAAAGAGAUGCAGACGGCAGAGCAAAUUCUGGCUGUGACAAACGAGAAUUUGAAGCGAUCGGAGGAAGAUUUUGGCACCGCAAAGACAGAACUUACCGCAACAAACCGACAGCUGAAGGAAGCGCAGAGGCAAUUGGAAGCGCUUCAGAUUCAACUUAGCAAAAUGGAAUCGCAAAGAGACGAUGCGCGCAAGGAAGGCAUUCACAGAGGAAGCAUAUUGGAUGAGUUGCAGAACGAGCGUUCCGAAUUGCGCAACUCGAUAGUUGGGUUUCAAACAUCGAUCAAGCGACUUGAGUCAGAACGGGAAGAUAUUGUCAAGUGCUUAGAGGAAGCACGCAAGAGGAUUGCAGUACUUGAAGAAAAUCGAGGUGUCCUUGAGCGCGAAAUUCACCAUCUGCGUACUUUAGUAAAAGAUGCGGACCAGCAAGUAGCUCGACUGACCGAGGACUUGAAUAUCAACCAACAAAAGCUAGAACGCUCACAAGAUGUUCAGAACCGCUGGAAAGAAAGAAGCGAAGCUUUGGUUGAACAGUUACAAGCCGAACAGAAUCGUACUAUUUUGGCGGAACAAGCCGUUACCAAGUAUAUGAACAAAGUUCAAGCUAUAAAAAUGCACUACCAGCAGAUGGAGCAACAGUAUACUCAGAAACUUCAACAAUCGGGUACACAGCAUUCGUUACACCAGCAAAGAUUAGACGAGAUGGAUGUGACGGUCCAGAAGACAAUUGGCCGGUCAAAACGCCUUGAAGAGGAGCGCCAUAACUUUCAUAGUCGCCUUAUCGAAGCCGACAAGGAAGUUGGAAUCCUCAAGACUCGCUUGCGCGAAGCAGAUUCACAAGCUCAAAAUUUGACGGAUCAAAUGCAUCGUUUGGAGCUUGAAAAACGAGAGCUGAAUAGCCGUUUUGGAGUUCUAUAUUCAACGUUGAAGCGUUUCAUCCGAACUCUCGAAGACACCCACCAAGGCAAUAUCAGCAAUAAAUCUCAAGAUGCAAUCGGAACCGGUGUAAGAUUUCUGCAGCCACUGUCUACGACAAUGGAAUCAGACAUUUCAAUAAUGAGAGAGACAAGCAGCGCCGAUCCGGACGCCAUUCAGGUCGUACUUCAAGAUUUGAUGCGUCACAUAUUGCAGUUGCAGGCUCGACGAGCGGCCGAAAUGACUCCAAGUCGUGACGAGCCUACCAGGUUAGAGGUAUCAUCUCGUGAGCGUCAACGCCAAUUACUGUCACGUCAUCUUCGCGACACAGAAGGCAACGCAGCCGGUUUACGUGAACAGUUACAUGCUUCACUGAAUACCGUGGCAUCACACACGUCUUUGGGUCCACAAACACUUCAUCGCGAAUCUACCCGUUUAGACGGGCUGGUUUCAAGUGUUCGUCGUUUUGAUAGCUCACCCAUCAGGCCCGAUGGACAAGCCCAUUGAUCUCUCGUUCACAUUCUCCUUUGUCAGGGCCCAUAUAGUCAGAUUUUAAAAAAGAGAUUAUCCCGACAGAAAUAGUCUCUUUGAACUGGUUUUCUUGAGUCGUUUAAGUUUAUUAUCACUCAUGUAGCCUCUACUUAAUUCUCUGUCCGUGAGCCAUAAUUGCCCGAUUGUCCAAACUUGCCAUAACCUCUUUUAAGAGAGAUUUUUGAGGAACUUGCAAAAUCGCGUGUCAAUUUCACCUAUCUUUACUGAGCGCAUUAACUUUUGUGAUAUAAUUUCAAACGCGGACGUUUUUUUCGAGGGGGGGAAGAGCGGAGGGUCAAGUUAAUAUUCAACUAGCUGUAGGGUGGGGGGGGGGAGGAAUGGGAUGCGUCCAGUUGCCCAAACACAUCCUGUAAAGAAAUUAGCCUACGCCACGUACGUAUCACUCCCGAAAUAACUUCACGUGAGCCUUUUUUUUUCUCUCCAUUUGAUUGACGAAAAUUGUUUGAAACGCACGAAAUGUUUUGUGGUUUUAUUCCUGGUUUGUAUGGAAAUUUUUCUCUAUGAAAGGCUUAGAUGAGAAUACUCAAAUAGUAGGGUACUGUCGUGUUUGUCCGUGUUUUGUAGUAGCACUGUAUGGUAUUUAGACUAUGGCCAAAAGAGCAAUAUAUGCAAAAAAUGUAUGCUCGAA